CGGAUCACACUGUUCGCUCUCCUCUUUCAUUCGGAUGCUGUCGGAGUGAAAGUUGUGGCCAAUGCCGACCUCCGCCGGACGCCGCCUCCAUGUGAUUCUCCCCUCCAAGGACUCGGAGCUGCCGCCCCACUCCGAUCUCCGUCCUACGGGCAAGCCCCGCCCCCGUCGAAGGACCCGCGGCCCCGUAUUCCCUGGCGUUGCUGCCGGGGCCCGCCCAAGAAAGGACGGCGCAGCUUCAUGCGGGAGGAGGAGCGGGCCCAACACCCCCCUGCUCAGGUGGAAGUUCAACGAGAAGCUCCCGCAGAAGGCUGAGGAUGUCAUGGCAAGUGAGGCGCCGCUGCGGUCGCUGCCUCCCAAGUUCACUCGGGUCUCCGCGAGGAAGCUGGCAGCCGGGAUCUGGAGCCUACGGCAUAUAGACUCUGGUGGGGGAGCCUGUGGUGGAGUGGGAGAAGGCCAGCGAACUCGUCCAGGUUUUGAGCCAGUCUCUGGCUAUCAACAAGUUGAGUUGCUUUGCAAUCCCCUAAGCACUGACCUCCAUACUUACAAGAGCAAGAAGCAUGAGUUCACCAGUCCGGUGUCGGUCUUAAGUCCAAAAUAUGGUGACAUCCACAAGCAAUUCUCUGGUUUUCCAAGUUCUGCAUUGGAGAAGGCGACUAAAUGGGACCCUGGGAGCUCAAUGACAGCAGAAGAGGUUUAUAGAUUCUACAGCCAAUUGAAGCUUCUUGAAGACCAGGGCCUGAACUCUGCAUCAAUCAUUUCUUCCCUCAGGACUGAGCUUGAAGAGGCACAUGCCCGCGUUAGUGAACUUGAGACAGAACGGAAAUCAGCAAAGAAGAAGUUGGAUCAGUUCUUGAAAAGACUCGCAGAGGAGAAGGCAUUGUGGCGCAACAGAGAACAUGAGAAGGUCCGAGCAAUCAUUGAAGCAAUGAAGGCUGACCUUGACAGAGAGAGGAAGAAGCGGCAAAAGAUAGAGAUCAUUCAUUCCAAGCUUGUCAAUGAACUUGCUGAGGCCAGGUUAACUGCGAAGAAGCUGUUGCAGGAUUAUGAGAAAGAGCGCAAAGCUCGUGAGCUUGUUGAGGAGGUCUGUGAUGAGCUUGUGAAAGAGAUUGGGGAAGAUAAGGCUGAAGUUGAAGCAGUGAAGAUCGAAGCAAUGAAGAUACGAGAAGAAGUUGAAAUGGAGAAGAGAAUGCUGCAGAUGGCAGAAGUAUGGCGCGAAGAGAGGGUUCAGAUGAAGUUAAUUGAUGCAAAACUAACUCUUCAGGAGAGGUAUUCACAGAUGAUGGAGCUCAAAGCAGAUCUAGAUGCAUUUUUGGCUGCGACAAAGAGCAUGCCUAUGGAUGUUGAAUUAGUGGGAAAAGCUGAGUUGCUCAAAGACAAAGUAAACUUUGUUAAUGUUGAAGAUAUAAAAGAGUUUGCUUACCAGCCGCCACCUGAUUCCGAAGACAUUUAUGCCGUCUUCAAAGAUCUCCAGCUAAGACAAGAAACUACUGGAAGGGACAUCCAAUUCCAACCUUCCUCUGGUCAUAGUCUUAGAAGCCAUGGCUCCAAGAUUAACGAAGCAAGUCCUGAGACUGAUGUCUUUCUAGAGCAUCACAUAGCGCAGCAGCCACAAGAUUUGAUUGAUAGCGAUGAGGAUGCAGAAGAUGAAAGUGACUGGGAAACAAUGAGUCAUGCCGAGGAGCAAGCAAGCGAACCAUCUGUCAAUGAUUACUGUAAGGAAAGCAAUGCCAAUGCUUCAAUGAGUGAAGUGGAAUGGAAGCAGAGCAGGGAUGACAAACUAGAUACUGAAACCGUGACAGAAGUUUGUUCUACAAAUUCAAAGUCUAGAAAAAAGGUGCCUUCAAUAUGUAGGCUGUGGAGAUCAUCGACACAUGAUAUUGCAGAGGUAAAACCCGGGCGACUCUCAGUAUCAGAUGGAAGGAUUUCCAAUGGUACACUUGCUUCCAAUAAUGGCGAAGACUACAAGAAACAUUCGGUCAGCGACACGAACAGAAGGCUGACCAAAGGAGGAAGCGUCUCCAAUGAAACUUUCUCUCCCAAUACAGGAUCAGGCGACAUUGGUUUGAGCCCAGAGAGCAUAGGACAGUGGAGCUCACCUGAUUCACUGAACUCUCAUAUAGGAACUAAAGGAUGUAUUGAAUGGCCACGAAGUAGUCAGAAGCACAAUUUAAAGGCAAAGCUAAUGGAGGCAAGGAUGGAGAGUGGAAAGGUUCAGCUGCGACAUGUCCUGAAACAGAAAAUUUAGAUCGCGACAACGAAAUGGAAGCACAAAGGUGAGCACGUAAUUGGGUAUCAGGAAAAGAAUAUUUCACUUUCCUAUGGAAACAGGAAAGAACAACUUGUACUCACAUAUGAACUUUAGUAUGGAGAUGAUGUUCAACCGGUACUCUAGCGAGGUAUGUUGUAAAUGUUGUAGAGACAACUAAAUUUUCCGCAACAUUUCCAAUAAUACAUUUGAUCUGGUAAAGCAGCCUGAGCUACAUAAACCAA